AGGCGGCGGCGCGCGUUGCUGGGCCGGUGUCCUGGCAACCCCGGAACGCGCCUCCGCGGGUGAGGCAGGUGGCCGCGGCGUCCCUCUUGCCCUUGGCUCUCGGAUCCUCGGCCUGCAGUUCGGCUGCCGGUUGGGUUUGGUCUUUUCUUUGUCUCCGGCUCGCUUUUUAAUAUUUAAAUCAGCAUCUGCACGGCUGAGUCCAUGGACGCUGGAAGCGGUCCUGGGGGCUGUCGUCUCCGCCCCCUCCACAGCAGAGACCUGAAGAAGGUUCAAGACAAAGGAGACUCUGACAUCACCACGGGAGAGAAGAGAUACAAUACCAAGCACAAUGAUCUUCUGGAAUCUAAGGGAUGCUUUGCCAACAUAACAUCAUCUGGCAGAAGGGUCAGCCUCUCAUCUACUGAAACAGGUCUGAGUGUCGGUAAGCCUCUCAGCCCUUGCAGAGGCCUUGUCCACCUAGACCCUGCUGCAGAGUUGGAUCUGAAAUCCUCCUCCUCACAUUCUGAUCACUCCUCUGAAACUUCAUUGCCUGAAGUCCAAAAGGAUAAAUAUCCCCAGGAAUUCAGCCUGCUCAAGUUGCAGACAAAAGAUGGGCAGCGUCCUGAGUGGACAUUUUAUCCAAGGUUUAGCAGCAACAUCCACACCUACCAUGUUGGAAAGCAGUGUUUCUUUAACGGGGUCUUCCUCGGCAAUACGAGGUCUCUGUCAGAGAGGAUAGUGGACAAGAGCCUUGGGAGAAAGAAAUAUGUUCUUGACCCCAGGAAUGGAAUCCCAAAGUUAACUCCAGGAGAUAAUCCAUAUAUGUAUCCAGAACAGAGUAAAGGCUUCCACAAAGCAGGAUCAACUCUCCCUCCAGUGAAUUUUUCAGUAGUGCCUUAUGAAAAGAAAUUUGAUACGUUUAUUCCACUUGAGCCUCUUCCACAAAUCCCCAACUUGCCUUUCUGGGUGAAGGACAAGGCCAACAUGCUGAAGAGCGAGAUAAGAGAAGUCGAAGAGCUUGACAACUGGCAGCCAGCGAUCUCCUUGCUACACAGUUUGCUACCUGCUGGUGGGUCAAAGGACUUUCAAAAAAUAGCAUAACAACUGGAGGCAACCCCGGAGGAGCAGGCUUUUGAGAGGCUUCACAAUGGAGAGGAGAGAGGCAGAGCCUCUCCCAGGUGGAUGGUAUCCUUUGCCCCGAGGUGGCCCCUGGGCAGAUGUCACGGCUGUGGGUUGCUGUCAAGUAUAUGUUCGAGAACUGUUGGUCUUGUGAUGGAGCACAGCCUUUAACUGUGCCUCUAUCCACAGGUUCUUUCGACUUUCCAAGAUAGUCCUGAACAGAAACAGGUCCAGGAAGCAGGCACCGACUGGCCCCUGGAGAGCCUUUUCCUGUUGAUUGCUUCUGUUAGUGCAACUGUUCUAAAUCAAAUGUUUGACUUGGAUGCAAAA